GGUGCUAGGGGGAAGUGCGCGCGCAGGCGUAGACGUCAAAGAGCGCCGAGAGGUCGAUUUGGAGCGCGGCGCCACGGGCCUCCCCAACUGGCCAAGGGAGCGCAGGUCUCUGCUGGGGCCACCUGAGCCUGCAGGAUGUUUCACGGGAUCCCAGCCACUCCAGGCAUGGGAGCCCCUGGAAACAAGCCGGAGCUAUAUGAGGAAGUGAAGCUGUACAAGAAUGCCCGGGAACGGGAGAAGUAUGACAACAUGGCAGAACUGUUUGCGGUUGUGAAGACGAUGCAGGCUCUGGAGAAGGCGUACAUCAAGGACUGUGUCACCCCCAACGAGUACACUGCAGCCUGCUCCCGGCUCCUGGUCCAGUACAAAGCCGCCUUCCGGCAGGUGCAGGGCGCUGAAAUCAGCUCCAUUGAUGAAUUCUGCCGCAAGUUCCGUCUGGACUGCCCCCUCGCCAUGGAGAGGAUCAAAGAGGACCGGCCCAUCACCAUCAAGGACGACAAGGGCAACCUGAACCGCUGCAUCGCAGAUGUGGUCUCGCUGUUCAUCACGGUGAUGGACAAACUGCGCCUGGAGAUCCGUGCCAUGGAUGAGAUCCAGCCGGAUCUGCGGGAGCUGAUGGAGACUAUGCACCGCAUGAGCCACCUGCCCCCGGACUUCGAGGGCCGCCAGACCGUCAGCCAGUGGCUGCAGACCCUGAGCGGCAUGUCGGCCUCCGACGAGCUGGAUGACUCCCAGGUGCGCCAGAUGCUCUUUGACCUGGAGUCGGCCUACAACGCCUUCAACCGCUUCUUGCAUGCCUGAGGCCUCCUUGUCCG